AUGAAUUGUAUUAAAGAUAAUAAAAUAUUUUUAAAAGAUCCAAAAGGAAUAGACAAGGAUGGAUACUUUGAAAAUUUUAUGUUAUGUAAUAAUGAGGAAGAAAAGAGAAAAGAAAGAAUUAUAAAUGUGGAAAAAUAUAUGGAUGUUGAAAAAUACAUGGAUAUUGAAAAAUACAUGGAUAUUGAAAAAUACAUGGAUGUUGAAAAAUACGUAGAUGUUGAAAAACAAACCAAUGAUGACAAUUUAAUAGAUCAUGUAAAAGAGAAGGAAGGGUCUUUUUUUUUUCGAAUUAAUAGAAUACAAAAGAAUAGAAAUAAAAAAUUGACUGACAUAAUUGUUUUAAAAAAUAUUUUAAAUGUAUAUUUUUUAUUUGAUAAAAAUAAUCAAGGGUUUAUAGAUAAUAUGUAUACGUGCCAUUUAAUACAAAAGAUAUAUGAAAAUAAUAUUGAAUUUAUUUUAAAGAAUAUAAAAUUGAUUGAAUAUAUAAAGGAUAAUAAUAAUAAUAAUAAUAAUAAUGUAAAUAAUAAAAAGGUGAUGAAGGUGUUACAUAAGAAUAAAGGAAAUCAUAUGGACAACAUAAAAGAUGAAAUAAAAGAAAAAAAUGAAUAUACGAAACAGUUUGCUCAUUUCCUUCUUUGUUUAUUAAUGGAUAUAUCAAUUUUUCAAAUAGACGGGAAUUUUACCUUUUUAAAAAAAAAACAUUUCAUUGAUAUAAUAAAUCAUUUUGUACAAACAAAUAGAAACACGAAAAAUAGUAACAACAACAAUUAUAAUAAUAAUAAUAGUAAUAUAUAUGAAUGUUUUAAAUAUCCUAGGAAUAUUAUAACAAAAUUUUAUGAUUAUAUUUAUUAUAUGAAACAAAAACAAGAUGAAAAGAAAAAAAUUAUAUUUGAAAAAAAGAAAAGGAUAAAAUCAUUAAAAAGAAACGUCAUAUUAUUUAAUGAACAAAUAGUUAAUGCUAAUUUGAAUACACACAUACAUUAUUUUAAACAAAUAAAAAAUAAAAAAUUAAAAAUAUUAAAAAAUGAGAUAAAAAAAAAUGAAAUGAAUGAAUGUUCUUUUUCACCUCAAAUAAAUAUAUAUAAAAAAUGUAAACAAAAAAAUUAUGAUACACUAGAUUCCUAUGAUCAAAUGAUAUAUAAUUAUAACGAUGAAGAAAAAGGAAAAACAAAUAUAUUUAAUUCAUCUAAAAAUAUAACAUAUGAUAUAGAUACAUCAGUUGAAAGAGAGUUAUUAUCUCCUACUAAAAACAUAUUUACUUAUUCAAAUGUGUUGCUGGAUAAUAUGUGUUAUGAAGGACAAGAGCAAGAUGUUAAUUCCGGGGUUACCUUAAAAUAUAUAAUCCAUCAAGGUUAUAAGAAACCUAAGAAAAUUCAGUGGCAUGAUACUUUAAGAUAUUAA